UUGCAAUUUGUGGUAGAUGACGUGAGCACCAUUAUCAAGGAAGCGAUUGAAGUGUCAAUAGGUGGCAAUACUUAUCAGCAUAAUAAAGUCAAUCAAUGGACUUCGAAUGUGGUAGAAGCUUGCUUGGGCAAUCUUACAAAAUUACAGAAGGCCUAUAAAUAUAUCGUGACUUGCACAAUCAUGCAGAAAAAUGGAGCUGGACUUCAUACCGCAAGUUCAUGUUACUGGGAUAAUGCUACUGAUGGCAGUUGCACAGUGCGCUGGGAAAAUAAAACCAUGUAUUGUAUUGUAUCUGUUUUUGGAUUGGCUCUAUAAAUUUAUCUGUCUGCUUAACAAAUUUUGCGUUUGAAAAGAAUUCAAUAUUUUGGCAAUUAUGAGGUAUUUAGUAAAUGCCAUACUUUCGAAAAUAAAAUGUUUUGUUCUUGUUCGAUAAAACUUAAUAUUUUUGCAGAAAUUAGGGAAAUAGCAGAGUAUGACUGCUUAAAAGUUACACAACGCAAUGAUUAAUAUAUGUAAUGUACUAAAAUUGGACAUGUAUACACAAAAUAGAUUGUGCUGAGAUAUAUUUAACUUUCUUAUAUUUACUUUAACGAAGAAUGAUAUUUUUUAUCUACAAUUGUAACUUCU